AUGUCGUCGCCGCCGCCGCCUCCGCCGCCGCCCGCCUCGUCCUGCUCGGCGGGGCCUUCAGCGCGCCGCUUCGACGCGUCGGACCGGGCGUCGUGGUACGCGGGCCCGCUGUCGCGCGCGGAGGCGCAGGGCCGGCUGCAGGGCCAGCGGCACGGGACCUUCCUGGUGCGCGACUCGUCCACCUGCCCCGGCGACUACGUGCUGUCGGUGUCGGAGAACGCGCGCGUCUCGCACUACAUCAUCAACUCGCUGCCCGGGCGGCGCUUCAAGAUCGGCGACCAGGAGUUCGAGCACCUGCCGGCCCUGCUGGAGUUCUACAAGGUCCACUACCUGGACACCACCACCCUGCUGGAGCCCGCGCCCAGGUAUCCACUGAUGGGUUCUGGUACUGGCUCAGGUGCAUCAGCUGCAGAGGAGAAUGUGGAAUAUGUGCGGACUCUUUAUGACUUUCCUGGUAACGAUGCGGAGGAUCUACCAUUUAAAAAGGGGGAGAUACUCGUCAUCGUAGAAAAACCUGAAGACCAGUGGUGGAGUGCCAGAAACAAAGACGGGCGCAUCGGGAUGAUCCCUGUCCCUUAUGUUGAGAAGCUUGUGAGAUCAUCUCCUCAUGGGAAACAUGGUGGUCGGAAUUCCAAUAGCUAUGGGAUUCCCGAGCCCGCUCACGCCUAUGCUCAGCCUCAGACCUCGAGUCCUCUUCCCAGUGCUACUCAUACUCCUGUCAUCAGUCCCUUGCCUUCAACCCAGAAUGGACCAGUCUAUGCCAAAGCCAUUCAAAAGAGGGUUCCCUGUGCUUAUGACAAGACUGCCUUGGCAUUGGAGGUUGGUGACAUUGUGAAGGUCACAAGGAUGAAUAUCAAUGGUCAGUGGGAAGGAGAAGUGCAUGGUAGAAAAGGGCUCUUCCCCUUCACACACGUCAAAAUAAUUGACCCUCAGAAUCCUGAUGAAAAUGAAUGACCUGCUGGCCCAUCUCUGCAUUGUUGCUUCCUUUUUCUGGCUAUCUUGAGCAUCAUUUGAAGUGUGAUGGUUGCUGAUGGCGAAUCCUAAGGAUUGCCAGUCGCCCAUCUUUCCAUCUUGCAGUGAUUUCACAGCCCGACCACGCCUUUCUUGGGAACGCACCUUGUGGUCUGGCAUUUGCAGUUUCUCCUAGAAGGUUUUUGGAUUGUGAGCUGACUGUGGUGCUAUCUAGGCAGAGGGGGAGGGAUUGAGACAUCCAGUUUCUUCGCUGAAAUGGAUAUUUUGCUCAGAAAGAGAAUUCUAAACAAUUUUGUCUAACUCCAAACAAUAAUAAAAAUGCAUUUUUAUGAGGCAUGGAAGACGAGAGAAUAUAAUCAUGUUAAACAAUUAGAAUAAUUAUGCCUUUAGGGAAUUAUUGAUGCUUCUGUGUCACAAAGAGGGGUUUUUUUUUGAGUUUGCCAUUGAUUUAGAAUAAAUUGUAGCAAACUCUUUUGAAAACUA